AUGGCCCUCCUGGAGCGUCAGGACCAAGCAACGUUCGAUGGCUCCUCUAAAGCUAAAUCCAAGACAAGACGAGCGAAGUCCAAGAAGAUUGUAAGGCUGCGGCUGGAGGAGGUGUACUGGCAGGGCCUGCUAGCGGACCAGACCGCGGCACGAGCCUUCUUCUCGGAUGCUACCCGGCGGGAGGACGUGCUGCGCUUCCUGACGGGCGGCCCUAGCUGUGCCUAUGGCCUACUGUGCACGUCAUCCAUGCAGCUCAGGCUGGUCAUCCUGUCCCUGAUAGAGCGUGACUCCCGCCUGAUGCUGGUGGGCGCCAGCAGCGACACCGUGCGCGCUUUCUACGAAGCCGUCCGCGACGCUUCCUGGCGCCACCUCAGCCUGCCCCCCUCCCUGGCACCCGCCGGCCAGCUCAGCGCGGCGGACGUGGCGGGCCUGCGCCGCGCUACGCUGGGCGCGCUGGGCGCCAUGCUGGUCGUGGGCCUGAUAGAGCGUGACUCCCGCCUGAUGCUGGUGGGCGCCAGCAGCGACACCGUGCGCGCUUUCUACGAAGCCGUCCGCGACGCUUCCUGGCGCCACCUCAGCCUGCCCCCCUCCCUGGCACCCGCCGGCCAGCUCAGCGCGGCGGACGUGGCGGGCCUGCGCCGCGCUACGCUGGGCGCGCUGGGCGCCAUGCUGGUCGUGGGGGACGCCGUCACCAUCGACACCCGCCUCUUCCGCACCCACGUCCAGUUCCUGCUCAACCUGCUCACGGCCGUGACGUCCGACGGCUGGGAGGUGGCCGCGGCGGCCGAGGCCCUCGGGCUGGUCAUCCUGUCCCUGAUAGAGCGUGACUCCCGCCUGAUGCUGGUGGGCGCCAGCAGCGACACCGUGCGCGCUUUCUACGAAGCCGUCCGCGACGCUUCCUGGCGCCACCUCAGCCUGCCCCCCUCCCUGGCACCCGCCGGCCAGCUCAGCGCGGCGGACGUGGCGGGCCUGCGCCGCGCUACGCUGGGCGCGCUGGGCGCCAUGCUGGUCGUGGGGGACGCCGUCACCAUCGACACCCGCCUCUUCCGCACCCACGUCCAGUUCCUGCUCAACCUGCUCACGGCCGUGACGUCCGACGGCUGGGAGGUGGCCGCGGCGGCCGAGGCCCUCGGGGCGCUGGAGAGCACCUACCCCGGCCUGCUGAUGGAGGCGGGGUGGUACCUGGCGGAGCGCGUCGAGAGCGCCGCCGCCGCCGAGGGGCCGCUCACGCCGGCGCAGAACGGCGAGGUGUCGCUUGCGGCCCUGGUGCUGAGCCACGCCGCGGGGAUGUACAACGAGCAGCAGCGUGGCAGGGUCCCGCCCCUGCUCUCGGCGGCCGAUCUGGCGGCGGCCCCUGGCACGCUGCCCCCCAGCCCCAGCGAGGCCGAGUGGGAGACGCCCUCGCCCCCCGCCGCCGGUCUGGGCUCCCUGCUGCUCCCGGAGUAUGGCGCGGCAAGCCAGACCCUGGAGCUGCAUCUGCUGGAGCGCAAGGGGCGCGAGCUGCUGCGCCGCUUCCGCGUGCCCGCCCACCUCACCCCCGGCGGCGGCGAGGCCGGCGCGACAGGCGAGGCGGCCGCGGCGGCGCGGCGCGAGCUGGGCGAGGCCACGCUGUGUCUGCUGCGCCUGCUGGCGGUCGUGGCCAACCCCGAGGCCCUGCGCGCGCGCCUGCCCCCGCUGCUGGCGGCCUCGGCGGUGCCCGACGCGGCCCUGCGCCGCGCCUUCUUCCCCCUCCUCCGCGCGCCGACGCUGGGCACGGCGCUGGCGCUGCACGACGCCGCGCCGGCGCGCUUCGCGCGCUGCGCCCCGGAGCUGGUCCGCCGCGUGCUGCGCGCGCUGGCCAGUCCCGCCCGCGGCGAGGAGGACCGUCUGGCGCUGGCGCUGCACGUGGCCGCGUUGCACGCCGCGGCCACUCGCCCGGCCGGCUGGCAGCUGGUCCGGCCCACGCUGGAGUGGCUGGGCUGCGAGGAGGGGGCCGCCGGGGCGAAGGGCGGCGACGACGGCGCGGCGAAGCACCCCUCCCUGCUCGCCGCGCAGACCGUGCCCGCCUUCUUCGCGGCCGCCGAGGCCGAGCUGCGCUGGGCCGCCUCGCCCACCACCUGGGCGGAGGCGGCGCGCGUGGCCUGCACGCGCGAUCCGCUGGCGGUGCGCCACCUGGCGCUGGCGGGCGGGCUGCCGCCCGCCGCGCUGCGCUGGUACGCGUCCUACUUUGGCGCGUACCGCCGCGAGACCGAGGCGCACGAGCUGUCGGCGGCGGCCACGGGGGCGGCCGCGCUGGCUCUCUGCCACGCCGCCCUCCUGCGCUGCGACGGCAAGGUCGACGAGUGCGAGGACGGCGACGUGGCUGGCGUCGAAGUGGCCGACGUGGGCCGCGCCCGCGCAAAGGCCGGGGGCUCGGCGGCCGGCCCCCGCGGCACGAGGGAUGAGCAGGGCGCCGCGCUGGACGCCCUGCUGCGCGCGCUGGAGGCGCGCUUUCCCGACGGCAGCGUGCGCGAGCGCGCCGCCGGCCUGCGCAGCCUGAGGGACUCGGCCGCCGUCAUGGGCGCGGCGGUCGUACCCACGGCGAUGCAGGACGGCAUCGUCGACUGGUACAUCCGCUCGGCGCUGGGGCAGCGCUGA